AGAGUUGCCCAAUCCGGCCCAUAUCCAGAUCCAUACACCAUAUACACAGAGUCACGGUACUCGGCCAGUGCACGGAGAGGAGCGUGUACCCACCGCAUUAAAGGGUCGUGGGACCGUUAGGCGGGCGAUGGCCAAUCAACGUGGACUCACUCAGCUUCCAAACUUUUCUAUUUAAUGGUUCUCUGCAGACCGAUCCCUCUUCUUCCUCCCACAUUCUCUAAGAAUCCAACAUUUGCCCUGAUAAAAUUUAGUACCCAAAGUUUCCAAUUUUGGGUUAAAAAAGGAAAUUUUGAUUGAUAAAUUGUUCUUUUGCGGUUUUUUUUUUUUUUUUUAUACUGGAAUGGCAAUUGAAUCUGAUCAAACCACAAGCAUCUGCAGUCACUGUGACAGAACUGUUCCUUCUUCAAAUCUUAAUUUGCAUUAUGUUUACUGCUCCCGCAAUCUUGAACGAUGUAAACUUUGUAAUGAUAUGAUUCCAAAAAGACAUGCUGAGGAACAUUUCUUGAACACACAUGCUCCGGUAUCCUGUUCACUGUGCAGUGCAACAAUGGAACGUGAAAAUUUAGCUGUCCAUAAAGGUGAAAAUUGUCCCCAAAGGAUUGUCACAUGCGAAUUUUGUGAGUUCCCAUUGCCGGCAAUUGAUCUAUCUGAACAUCAGGAAGUAUGUGGCAACCGAACAGAAUUGUGUCAUUUAUGUGGCAAAUAUAUUCGACUGCGAGAAAGGAUUUAUCAUGAAACAAGAUGCAAUGGUGUCCCAGAUGAAACUGUGGGACCGUCCAGAAGGGAUGCAAGGGCAGCUGAGAGAGAUCGCGGUCCUCAAAGAAGGCAGCCACAUGAAUAUUCACGGAGACGCCUUCUAUUCACAAUUGCAAUAACUGGCAUAGCUGUCCUAUUGGGAUCACUUUUUUUCCAGAGAAAAGCAGAGUAUGGUCAAGUGCAUUAGCACUGGAGAGGAAAACAAUAGGGAUACUUAAAAACAAUGCUUUGAAGCUUUUUGUAUUCCAUUCAACCCGAUAUGAAACUAUCUGAGAGAAUACUGGCGUGAUUAUAUUAUAUUAAGCUUGUAAUCGUGUUGAUAUAUUUGGUAGAUUAUCUGUUUCCCGCUACAUACAACCGUAUUGUUAUUACCAUUAUUAUUGUUGUUGUUUCCAAAGCUGCAUAUGAAAAGCUGAUGACAAAUAUAUAAUGUCAAUUUCUGCACCAAAA